AUGCCAUCAAUAGCCCACUGGGAAGAUGAUAUGGAACCCGAGAGCAAUUUCCAGCUUGACGAAUCUCCAAUGACAAAUUCAAUGGCGAUGGAGCUGGGACCACAGCUCCAAACACUGAGAUUAGUAUCAGUUGCAGCGGUGAAGGGAACCAUGGCCGCAGGCGAUGAACUUGCCAGCUAUGAAACGGAGGACUUGGACUUAGACGCUGAAAUUGACUUCGAUGAGACGUUCGACUCGGCCUCAGUCAAUUCAGAUGGAUCAGAGGUCGAAGCUUUCCCUGAUUUUGUUGACGAUGAGAGCUUCCAAGCUGUGGAACAGAGCCAGCCAGAGCCUAAGGGCAGUGAUCCCCCAGCCUCUUCUCACGCCCUUCAAAUUAACGACACUCCACAGCUUCCCCCAAAGUUCGUUGAUUGGUGCCCUUACAGUAUCCAGAUGUUUCUUGUGUAUUAUUCUUGCAAACAUCACAUGGCCCCCUGA